CGAGUACUGUACCGAGGGUUAAAGGUAACAAGGCUCAAGGAAAGGAGGAUGUCCAGCCAACUAUCGGCAGGAGAGGAGAAGAGAGGCUUGCGCAGGUGGUGGUGGUGGUGCUACAGCAGGACCUGGUACUUUACAGCACUGCACUGCACAGACCACUGAGUACAACUGCUGCCAUGUGAGGGAGCUGGUGGAUCGAGAAGCCACACAACACUACACAACACAACACACAACAACAACAACAAAAACAACAGUCGCUGCCUUGUUUGUGUGUGAGGUUUCGAUCGACCCAUCUAUCUAUCCAUCCAUCCAUCCACCCACACCAAAACUAGAAUGGCUGCCAGCCCGCCAGCGAUUUAUUACUAUGCCUCCCACCGCUACCUUGGCACUUCCCAAACUCUAUCCUCUCUAUGGGCUCGCAGCUACAACCCUCCUCCAAAGCUGCUGCUGCUGCCACUGCUACUCGUCGUCCUCAGCUUUGCCGGCCUCCCCAUGCGAGGGCGGAAAGUCUCUCCAUUUGACCAGUCACCUCUUCCCCCCCAUCCCACACAGUGAUCCGGAUUCCCAACUACCAGCAGCGCCACAAAGCUCAGCCACAAUCGUCCAUGCCUCCACUGUGCCCCCCCUUCCCUUUACAGGCGACGAUACUGUUCUUCGACCACCGCCACCUGCGCUGCGCUACGUACGUUCGUCCCCCUAG